AGCACCAGUAUGAGAGGGAAAAAGAAGAGGAGACAGGAGGACCAGGAAGAGCUGAUGAGCUCACAUUUACCUCAAAGAUCAUAAUAAUACCAUCAUGGACAACUUCUCCUGGGACUUAGCCUCAUCUUCCCAGAUGGGAAUGACAAGAUACAUAAGCCUUGACCAACAGUAUUCUCAAGCCUGUGCUGAACUGAAACAGCCUGAGAACCCAUACAUAGCUCAUAUUCUACGAGACGUGAAGCGGGAUGAUGAAGCGCUGGCAAAAAAGCUGAUGAUAAAAAUAGCUGGGAAUAACCGCUUGGUACCUGUGCAGAAAGUGACUGAUGGUGAUUUUCAGAUCCUUGCAGCUGUAUUUACAAACAAUGCAUUUCUUACAGGACUGGACCUGAGGUAUAACCUAUUAACUGAUGCUGGUGCAGUAUAUGUUGCAGCUUUCCUCCAGGAUAAUCGCACUUUACUUUACCUCAAUCUGAUGUUUAAUGAUAUUGGUACCAUUGGGGCAGAAUUCAUAGCAAAAGCCCUGCAUAGGAAUGAAACCCUGCUUUAUCUCAGAAUGACUGGCAACAAGAUCGACAACAAGGGAGGAAUGUAUUUUGCAGCAAUGAUGCAGGUUAACAACACAAUACAGAAGUUAGAUUUUGGAGACUGUGACCUGGGCACACAGAGUCUCAUAGCUUUAGCAACAGUUCUGAAUCAUAACGAAUCAAUCAAAGCCAUAAAUCUGAACCGGCCGAUACUAUACAGCCAAGAGGAAGAGACCACUGUCCACAUAGCCCUCAUGCUGAAUGUAAACAGCACCCUUGUUGAAUUGCAUUUGUGUAAGCAUGAAAUGAAAAAUUUUGGUGUUGAACGCCUGUGUGAUGCAUUAUACGCAAACACCACCCUUCGAUAUCUUGACCUCAGCUGCAACAAAAUUACUCGAGAUGGUGUCAGAUUUCUGGGACAGUUGUUGGAAAGGAACAAUACCCUGGAAAUCCUGGAUCUUAACUUUAACAGGAUAGAAAACGAUGGUGCUUUCUAUCUGAGCGAGGCACUGACUACACAUAACCGGACCCUUCAAGCGUUAGCAGUGACAAACAAUAGCAUAACUGGGGAAGGAUUGGUUGCCCUUUCAGAGUCAAUGAAAAUAAAUCCCGUCCUUUCCUAUAUCUAUAUAUGGGGAAAUAAAUUUGAUGAUGCCACCUGCGAGGCAUUUGCGGAAUUACUUAAAAGUGGUCGCCUGAAGCCAACUGGGACAGAUGUCGAGCCAUAUGAAGUGGAUGGGAAGAUAUACCUUGCUGAACUCUCCCAUGGCCUUAAAAAGCAUUACUAUUGGACUCCAAGUUACGGAGACCCUGAAAGCAAAGAAGCCAAUGCUUCUCUGGCAAUAGAUCCUGUUACUGAAAACCUGUGAAUAGCAUCUUGAGAUUUUAAAUAUACAGUAUAUAUAUAUAUAUAUAUAUGUAAUUUGUGUAUCACUCUUAAAUCAAUUACAUACAGUUAUUUGCAAAACUUGUGUUACCAAGUUUUGAGCCAUCAUCUACAUAUCAAAUCAAACUAGGAAAUUGCUUUGAUCCUACAUUUGAGUCCUAAUCCAGCAAACGUUGGUUAUAAUUUAAGCCUCAUUGACAGCAGUGGAACUGAAGUUAGUUUUGACUAAUUUGUUCCAUUGUGUUUGAUAGAUGUUCAUCAAUCUAAACGUUUAAAACUAUUAGCACUGCAGGGAUCAAGAUUUAAUGUGAUGAUAUAAAGCAUCAUUUUUGAGAUUUUUAGAAGUGUAUGAGUACUCAAUAAGUACUUUGAAAAUAAAACAGCAGUCCUUGGCAUGUUUACUUAGAAAUAACCUGCCCUGAAUCAAUAUGUUUUACCAUAAUCAACAGGAAUCCACUAGAAGUGCUUUUCAAAUGGGGGGUUUAUUCACACUAACAAAUUUCUCAGUGAAAGAACUGAAACAGGAAAGAGAAGCAAGUUGUAUCAGCAGAAUUAGAUUUGUGGAUCAUGGUUUAUAGACAAAACAUUAUUGUAAAAAAUAAAAUCUUCUAGAUACUCUAAAUUACAAACAAAAAUUAUUAACUACUUAGAUAUCAUGUAACCAUGGAAGAAGCCCUGCUCUGAUCUGUAAAUCUCAGUUGUAAUGAGUUUUAUAUAUUAAAAGACACUGGCUAGAUUCAGCUCCAGUGGUGCUUGGCAUGCAUCUAGAUUCAAAGCAUGUAUCAUAUUCCUCUUUAUCUGUCCUGGAAACCCAUUCUCUUAUUUCUAUUUUUGACUUCAUGGCUCUAAUCAGGAAUACAAAAAUCAGCCUUCUACAAGCUCCAAGGCUACUAAAAGGGAUUCCUCUGUAACUUUCUUUGCUUUCUUAACCAUCUAUUCCUCUGCACCAAACUGUUUGCUUACCUAUGAACUGGCUCAUAUGUGGGCAGAUUAUCAGUUAAUUUUGCAGUCCUUGAUUUCCUGAAUAUGUGCACAAUGCACUGAAAAGCACCUUAUUUGUGACACCAGGAACAUUCCAGUUCUUGGAAUACAGCAGUAAAGUGCAAUACUUCCUUCUUGCCUGUCAGUUAGCAGUUGCAAUUGCAUACCACAUUGUGUGAAACAGAUCAACUCUUAACAGCUCAAAUAAACAUCCUUCUCACUUUUAAAUUGCAGAGGGUUUUCCCCUCCAGUUUUCCCAGUUUGUUGUAUAUCAGCAAUAACUUAAUUUCUCAUUUUCAAAAGAGUAUGCAUUUCAUUGAUUUAGUUUUCCCUGGUCUUGGCAACAGUGUUAAAACAGAAUUACCUGUAGCAGUCAAAGUAAUAAAAGAAGAUGGCACUUCAUUGGUGAAAGACAUUA